CGCCAAUACACGCGAAGUGGAGUGGAAUUUGCGGUGGUGGCAAGGAUGGAUUGAUUUUUGCGACUUGGAAAUAAUUUUUCCGGGUAGAUUGAGUUUUGUUUUCUACCUCCAUCUCCUGCUUCGCGGCGCUGUUUCUCUAGUCUGUUAUAGUUUGUCUAGACUCUAGGCACAACAUUUCUCGCUGGCUCAGACAACAUUAUCCAAGUCACUGCGCUUCAUUAGCUCAUUUCCCCCUACCUUCAUUCAGCAAUAUCGAAAUCCUAUUGUCGAAAUGGAAAUCCGACAAUCCCUCACAGUUGAUGACUUAAGAUCGCACAAUUCUCCUUCCGAUUGCUGGAUCGCUAUAUCGUCUAAGAUAUGGGACGUUACAGAGUUUCUGAACGACCACCCAGGUGGUCCUGAAGUUAUCCUCCAAUACGCCGGACUCGACGCAACCUCUGCCUACAACUCCAUCCAUGCCCCAGGAAUGCUCGAAGAAACUCUCUCGACAGACAAAUUCAUUGGCGACCUGUUACCCUCAAACGACAUACCUCCAAAAUCUACAAUUCUGGAAGCUGCCGCCGCAGAGUUCCGCGCUCCCCGCAAACCCUCAAUCCAGCUACCUUCUCAAAUUCCAAUCGCCUACGAAAAACCGGGGUUACAUACUCUAAUCUCCGCCGCAGACUUCCAAAACGUAGCAUCCAGGACCCUAACACCAAAAGCGUGGGCUUUCUAUUCCUCCGCCGCAACAGACCUCGUCACACACACGCAAAACAAAGCGCUUCUUCGACGCAUAAUGCUCCGCCCUCGUAUCCUACAGGACGUCACAACCGUUUCUACAAACCGGAAAAUCUUAGGGUGCUCCUCCACGGUUCCAUUCUUCAUCUCCCCUGCGGCAAUGGCCCGCCUCGCACAUUCAGAUGGAGAAUUAGCGCUAGCAAGGGCCGCCGGUACAGAGGGUAUUAUCCAAUGUAUCAGCAGUAAUGCAUCAUACCCGCUUUCCGCAAUCGUGGAAGCAGGGAACGCCAGUCACGGUCAGCCUCAGAGUUUCUUCCUCCAACUCUAUGUCAACGUCGAUCGGUCCAAAACUGCAGACCUCCUCCGCAAAGCUGUAUCCCUCGGCGUAAAAGCGGUAUUUGUAACUGUUGACGCGCCCGUGCCAGGGAAGCGCGAGGCUGAUGAGCGGAUUGCAGCGGAGGCGGUGGCGAGUGCGAUUAGUGGCGCUAUGGCGAGUAAUGAUAAGAAAGGUGGGGGGAUGGGGAGGUUGAUGGCGCAGUAUGUCGAUAAGAGUCUUGUGUGGGCGGAUAUUGCUUGGAUAAAGGAGGUUAGUGGCUUACCGGUUGUGCUGAAGGGCGUGCAGAGUGCGGCGGAUGCAGUGAUGGCAGCGGAGUAUGGGUGUGAGGGGCUCAUGAUAAGUAACCAUGGAGGACGGUCAUUGGAUGGUGCACAACCAAGCAUUCUCGUCCUUAUUGAACUCCACCGCGUCUGUCCCGCCAUCUUCUACAAACUCGAAAUCUAUAUUGACGGCGGAUUCGAGCGCGGAUCGGAUAUCCUGAAAGCUAUUGCGCUUGGGGCGACGGCCGUUGGGAUUGGGAGACCGUAUUUGUAUUCUUUGGCAUAUGGGGAGGAGGGCAGCGAACACCUCACACAGAUAUUAAAAGACGAGCUAGAGACUUCGAUGCGUCUGUGUGGGAUUACAGAUAUCGAUCAGGCGCAUCCGGGAUUGGUGAAUACCCAGGAUGUGGAUCAUCUUGUGGCAACUGGGGUUGGGCACCCAUAUAUCCAAUGGAGGCCCAAAGCGAAAAUAUAG